AUGAGACGAUCAAAAUCAAAAACUCCGUCAGCUGAAGGAAAGAGUAAACGUGUAUCGUCUGGUCCACGUGUUGAUUGGGUACCACCACAUCCAGCAAUCGGGGCACAGCUAUUAGCAUCACUGGAAAAUCAUCCACUAGAUGAACGAGAUAUUGCCGGUGUUCGUCUUUCACGUGCUGUUUAUAUGCAUUUUACCGGACAGGAAAUUCGUGACCUGAAAGAAGUAUUCGAUUUUUUCGAUUAUAAACGUCGAGGAAAUCUCAAACCAAAAGAAGCUGUCUAUGCGAUGAAAACAUUAGGUGUUAAUAUGUCUGUUGAUCAAUGUGCUACUUAUAUUGAAAAAGAAACCCGAGAUAAUUUAACACUUGAUUUUGGAGAGUUUCUUAUUCUACUUGCCACUCAUCAAACUGAAGAACAAGAUGAUUAUGAUGAGUUAAAUUUAGCUUUUAAAUUAUUCGAUCUUGACGGUUAUGAAUAUCUUGAUAUGAAUACUCUUCGUCGAAUUAACGAGGAGACAGGCUUGAAUUUGAGUGAACUCGACUUACAAUUAAUGUUUCAAGCAGCUGACCGUAAUGGUGAUGCUCGUAUUGAUCGUCAUGAAUUCGUUCGAAUGAUGAGACAAACAAAUUUAUUUUCGCGUUAA